GAGCGAGACUCUCAGUUGGCCGCUGACUGCCGUCCGUGCGUCGCGCACGUUCGCGCUGCUCCGUCGCAGCUACGGGAUUCGCUAGCUUCGUUGUUGCACCUCCGGUAUUAACCCAAUUUCUUAGACGCCCUUACGUUUCAUUCUCUUCUGAUUUUGCAUCAGAAUUCCGCUUCAUUUUUUUUAAAUCUUUGUACGCGUUCCAGAGUUCCAUUUCGCGCGUUUUCAUACAUUUUAAAAUUUCCUUCUCCUUUCAGUGUUUCGCGAAAUUUAUCUUUUAUUUUUUCGCGAGUCUCGCAGGAAUUAACGCACGUUUGUCUAUUUCUUUCUUUUUCUCUCUCUCUCUCUCUCUCUUAACCGGCACAAAAAAUCAGGGCACGGAGAAGAGUGAGAUUUCCGCAUGAUGAAGCGCAUCGUCGACGCUCGCUCGCGAGAGCAUCUGCGGCGCUCGUGAAAGCUCGCGAUCGCGAAACUGUGACUGAUCGACAGCCCGCCGUCUUUCUCUGGAUUUUUUUUUGCGGUUUAAUCUGGCACGCUGCGUGAACAUCGAUCAGGCAGGAGGUGAGAAUCCGCUAUAGUUACGUACAUGUGCCGUCCGAAUCCUCUCGGGUAGAUUUUUAGCGCUCGCUGUAAUUGUUGCGAAAGGAGUUUUCAUAAAGCCCUUGUAAAAGAUUUAUUCUAUAUGUGUUGUCUUCGCGGAUUUAAAGACCGUUUUAAUUUAAACCUGGCGAGACAUUUUUCGAAUUUAUUUUUAUAAGAAUAAAUUUGAAAUUAUUUUAUUAUAUUUAUUCUAUUUAAAGAAAAACAUAAUGCAAUUUUGUAGACAAAUAAGAAAGCUGUAUUUGUGACGUUAGUAUUAAAUUUAUAAAAUAAUAUGCAUGCUCGUGCAUGCUUUCUUUAGAUCCUACAUAUAUAUAUAGGAAAUAUUAAAAAUGGCUGAGACAUGCGACAGCAUGUGCAUUGUCGACAUUAAUUCGUACGACGGUAUUUUUACGACACGAGAAAUAAUUGCUUGAUUAUACAGAGCAUCCGAGGAACAACGUGUAACUCCACGGAGAACAUGGGUCUGUGAAUAUUAAAAUAAAUUGAAAAAGACAUGUAAUCGCACAUGGCCAUAUGUCUGCAAAGUUCGCAAAGCUACGGGCCUCGUAAUAUUGGGAAACAUGAUAACUAGGGAAUCGCGUGCUGCGCAAAGCUGUCUGUUAUAGUCGACACUGCAACAUUACGAUUAUACCGCAAUUUUUACCAAAAAAGAAGCACCACGUGCAUGACUCUUAUAUCGAUUCCGUUAUUAACGAGAAUAACGAGAAAUGUUUUGACCUUUUCCGCUGUGUUCAACCAUUUGAUACGAGUAACUAAGGCGCGAGGCAUGGCAUUGUUUUUUCACGUACUACAAAAUAGGUAUAUAUAUUCCAGAAAAUUACCGAGUUUAUUAAUUCUUUCAAAUCUGGUCACAAAUAAAAUAUAUGUAUAUAUAAGCUCUUUUUUAUACAAAUAAAAUAAAUAUUUAAAAAUGAAUUGCAUGUAAUUGAAAGGUUUCCUAUAAAAACCAAAUAUUAAUUUUAAAAAAUCUAGAUUAUUAUGGUAUUAAAUUAUUCUUUAUCGGUACGGUUAUAUUGUGUACAAUGUUGUUCCGGCAAGAUAAAAAUAAUUCCAGAGAUUCCUUAAACUAUUAAUUCUCAUCACUUAAUCCUAAAUUUUUAUUUGUACCUAUUAAAUAUUAUAUGUCCGGAGAAAAAUGAUCAUAUUAAAAGAAAAAUAUAAAGUGUUUUUACUAAGAUCGAUUAGCAAAAUUUUCUAAACAAAGUAAAAACAAUUGUUUUAUAUUUUAAAUCAUAUUACUAUUUUAUUUUUUAUUAUUCUUAUAACGUAAAAGAAGAUAGAUGUAAAAUUAUAUGAGAUAAAUAGAUAAUAAAUAUAAAAUUCUCACAAGAAUUAAAUAAAUUCAGGUGUUUCAAAUUACUAUAUACAAUGAAUAAUUUGAAAAUGAGAAGUUUUUCUUGCUCUCCUGAAAAUUUAACUUUUUAAACACGUUUUUAUAGGAAACCCUUCAAUUUCAGUAUCUAGAAAUUGCCAAAGACUUCUAGAUUGAUUAUGACACGCAUGUACUUAUGAUAUAAAAGAUAUUUGAUUUAUAAAUAAUAAUUAUGAAUAAUUAUAUUAGGACAAGAUUGAAUAGUUUAACAAUAAGACUUCAAACUAAAGAAUGUGCUAUCGUUGUUUAACGCAAAAAAAUAUUCGUUUUAUGGACGAAAUUGGAACUAUAAGAAGUAAUCGCUCGUAAUAUCUAUACCAGCCAUCGAGAAUAUAUAUCUCCGAGGGACUUAUCGUGCCAAACACCGGAGAAGCUAUCGAAGCGCAAAGAGUGAGAAAGCGGCUCGCGAGCAUGAAAGUGGAGGGCGGAGUGGCUACGACGACGGUCCUCCACAAGGUCAAGGUCAAGGAAGAGACGAAGGAAUGCUGCGGCUAUCAGCAGGCCUCGCCGUCGUCCACGUCGGCGGCCGCGACCGCGACCGUCGCGACGCUCACCGUCUCGGCCGCGACGGCGAUCACCACCACCGUCACCAACAGCAACGGCGUCUCCGCCGUGAGCGCGAGUCCUUCCACGACCACCACGGCGGCCGUCGUCACCGCCGUCGCCACCCCCGCGCUGCAGGCCUCCACCAUUAUCUGCCAUCCGACGAACGCCGGGGACAGCUCCUUCUCGGUAGACAUCGACCUCAAGGCCAAGAGUAAGGCAUCCUCCGCGACUCGAGAGAAAUCUUCACGAGAGGAAGUGCCCCAGCCCGAGGCGCACUCGCCCUCCUCUCAGCAGCAUCAAAGGAUUGGUCAGCAAAAGCAAACAAACGGCCCUCGAUCGGAGUACAAAGGCGCGUCCGGUUGCUCUAGAUCCUCUGACAACGACAGCCCUUUGCCCUCACAAUCGUUCAAGCCCGAGCUCGAGGAAGUUGCUGCAGGUGCUGGAAAUGCUGCUGGGUCUAGGACGACGGACGAGCAGAGCGAUGGUGCCGCGUUGGCGAACGGCACUGGCGGCGCGUCCAGAUGUGUCAGCGGUAUUUUCGCGGGGCACGGCAAGCUCAAGAGGUUGCUGGGCACCCUGGUGCAAUUCGCCACCGACAUCUCGGCGGACACGGGUGACACGGUGCGCACCCUGGUGCUCGCGCUUCUGAGCGGCAGCAUGACCGCGGAGGAGUUUCACUCGGCGUUGCAGGAGGCGACCAACUUUCCACUCAGAAGCUUCGUCUUGCCGUACCUCAAACACACCCUGCCCUCUCUGCAAAGGGACCUGAGCAACGCGGCCAGGGCGAAUAAUCAGAGCUGCGUGCAGUUUCUACGAUCCAACGAGUCCGCCGUUCUCGAGGCCGUAGGGCUGGCACCGUCCGGCGAGUCCGUCGAGGUCUUUGGCGAGCACGGGGGUGCGAAUGGAAUCAGCGGCGGUAAUCAGUGCUCCGCUCAUUACGCUAUGCGCUCGAAUUCUAAUCCCGGCGUCGGUACCAUUCAGCACGCGGCGGGCAGCAAUGCCGCGGGCGCGUUGCACCAUUAUCCUGGCGCCGCUCAUGCACCGAAACGCCGUGCCUCCGACACCCCAUAUUACGAGAACGGCGUGCUUCUGGACGACAUGCCGGUGUACGGCAAGAGAUCUGUCAAUCCUUGGAGCCAUCACCAUCAGCAGCAGCAACAGCAGCAGCAACAGCAACAGCCGACGGACCCGUCCUACUGCUGGUACCAUCCGUUGCACUCCUCGGGCGGAUCGAUCCAAGGUCACGCGCACGGCCACGGCCACGGGCCGAGUCCGGUGCCGCCUAGUCUCGUGCAGAUUAAUCAGAUAAACGCGUUCUCCGCGCCGCAUCAUCUGACUCAGCAGCCGCAACAAUCGAUGGGCAGUCACGGCUUGCAGAUGCAGAAUGGUGGCAGCCUCGACGACGAGUGGAAGAAUAUUCACGUGAUGCUCAACUGCAUCCUCGGCAUGGUCGAGAAGACGAAGAGGGCACUGGCGAUCCUCCAGCGACGAGGAUGCUCUAGUCCGGCGGCCGCCGCGCCUCCGCCAGGUGUGGUCACGGCACAGAAUGGUACUAGCAAUAACGGCAAUAGUAACGGCAACAAUCCCUCGUCGACUAACGGGGUGCAAGUCGAGUCGUCCACCGGCGAUCGAGAUGGUAGUCUGAAGCGACUGUCCGGCGAGAUUGUCGCGCAAACGAUCAGGGCGACCGAGGACAGGGUGGCAGAGGUCAAACGAAGAGCCGAGGAAGCAGUGUUAGAAGUGAAAAGGGCUGCAGUGGCGGAGGUGCAACGUGCCGUAGCGGUUGCGGUUGCGGAAUCGAGGGCGAACGAACGUUUGAGGGUUCAUCGAUUACUGGAUCUUCCUCUGUCCCAAAGAAAUCCGGGCAAUCUCCGCCCGGGCCCUUUCCUGAGAGUUCACGGAAAUUCGGCCGCGGUCGAGACCAGUGCCAGGAACGUCACGACCCCGACGACAACGCCGAAUUCGGCGCCGUCGACCACCGACGACGAGAAGGACAUUCACCUCACUAGCAUGAUGGGAUCCUGCUGUUGGAAUUGCGGCAGGCCCGCUCUGGAGACCUGCGGUGGAUGCGGGAUCGCUCGUUACUGCGGCUCCUUCUGUCAGCAUCGUGACUGGGAGGCCGGCCAUCAUACGACCUGCAACAAUCUGCCGCCGCGCGAACCGCGAAGAUCGGCGUCGCGCAGCCCGCCGAGGGUCGCCGCCGCGAAUCUUUCCACGACCGUCAACGAGGUCGACGCCACGCCGGUGCCGUCCGCCGGGGUCGCGAAGGGGAAGUGACGUCGCGGUACUAGGAACAAUCAGCGAUCGGUCAGAUCGAUCGACUACGAGUCGCGCUGAUCGCGUUUCCCUCAAAGACUCUCCGUCUGUAAAGAAUGCAUGAAUUGAAAUGAACCGAGGAACUCGUGAAACUGAAUGCCUGAACCUCGAAAUCGGGGACCGACUUGAGAUUGUCGGGUGCACGUUUUGUCCCCUCCGAUUUCCGAUUGCGUCCCCGUAAGAAUUAAGAUUUAAAGAAAAGCACGGAGAAAAGAAAGAGCUAAUUUCUAAUUUUGACAAUUAGGUGUUCAAAAGUUCACAAGAUAAUUUCUCCCUCGUUCCUCUUGAUUCAUUCAUUUUCUACAGCGUUUUUCGCCGAUCAUACAUCUUCUGCGUACACUUAUUGUUGUGUCAUCUUCUUUUCGCGACCGGAAAUUUCGUUUUUAAUAUAUUUCACCACAUGGAUGAGUAUGAACAAAAAUUUCUCUAAUCUAUAUCUACGAAAAAAAUGGAUUAUAGCUUGUCAAGAGAAAACAAAUGUCUGAUAAUCGGACUAGCAUCAAAAAAUAUUAGUUCGAUUUUCAGUUCAUUCGCUGAAUAGAUCGCUAAUUCCAGUGUUUCAAUUCAUGUUUCAUCAAUUAAAAAAAAUGUUAUAACAAACGAAAUUCACGAAUAUUUCAUCCAUUUAAAAAAUGGAAUAUUUAAAUGGUUGAUCAACGAUUUGAUGAUUAUUUCUGUUAUUGAUCAUUGAAUUAUAUUAAAAUAACUAUUGCUCGAAAUAUCCGGAUACCCGCCCGUCCGUCCGCCCGUAUAUACCGGCGAAAAACUGAUUUUGCAGGUACCCGUAUCAUAUACGAGUACCUGCAUUACAUUGGCUACUCGCAUUAGACAGCUAAAGCGUCACAUUAAUUCAACUUAAACCAAAUAUCUAACAAAUCAAACAUAUUAAAAAUUAUUUAAUAUUAUUUUAAAUAUCGUUACUCAAAGAAUAUGUAACUAAACAUUCAAAGGAUGGCUAAAGAAUUGGAACAUCUUUCAAAAAUUUGUUACUCGAGUGCGAUAGUUUAAUUUUAACGUAAUACUUUUUAACGAUUUAAGAAUUUAUUUUAUAUUAUCAGCUGAUAACCAAAAAUAGUCUAUGUCAAAAAUGCGUAAUCAUACAGAGAGGCGAAUAAAUUUCUUAGACAAUUCGAUUACCGGCCUCAAAUUAAACGUCGGAUGUGAUAAAAAAACGUUUUAAGAUUUUAUCGCUAAUAACACGACACAAAAUGAACAACCGAUUUCAGAAGUAGCGUAAUUGAUCACGUAACUAUUUGCGUUUUCCGGAUAAAUAAUGCCGGCGAAACUAUACAUAGUAUUGUCGUAAAUGUUAUCAGCAUCGUGUGUCAGAAUCGUUUCUCCUUUCUCUCUUCCACUGAGAAUCGCAGAUUUGCAAUCCAUUUAUUAUCUAGGAUUAAAUCAAACAAUAGAAGUAUAAUGCGUGUCUUAAACAAUUUCUGCAAUUAAAAGAGUAAUAGAUAACCGUGAAUCCGAUCAAAAUGAAUCGCAGAGUGCGUUUCGCAAUUGCUCCGAAUCGAUAUUAGCGGUAAAUGUAGCGUUACGAAAAUAACUCUUCCCAUUAGUGUAGACGUUUCUUCAUUUCGCCGUUAACAAGUUAAAUUUCUCCAAUGUACGCGAAGGAGCGCUGGAAGAUGCGCUCAUCCAAUCAGGGAAAUUGAUUGGGGACGCGAUUUAGAAAAUGCCAUUUCCUCCUUCGCUUAUUCGCAAAACUUUACUGUCUUCGACACAUCGGCUGAAUCAAUGCAUAAAAUUAUGACGUUGCACGAGAGUUAGUUUCUCUUCUCCUCCUCUACAAACAAUCGAAUAAUAUAUGUUCUUUCUCACGUCGAUGUAACUUUUUACUGUAUCUCGAUAUUACACCGCAAAAUAUCGUUAUGAAAAUAAUGUGUACUGCAAGACGAAGUUGAUAUACAUAUGCACAUAACAAACAUAGCUACGAUACACACAAAGAUUUGAUUUUACUACAUGUCUAUGCUCACCUCGAUGUUUCGUACACGAAGAACGAAUCACAUCGAUUUUAUCCUAGUCAAUUGAUAGGUUUAAUGAUUGUAAUGUAACUUGAAGAAUCUCAAAUCGUUUAUUUUGCGCGCACGCAUCUCAGGAUAUGAUAAUUAUUACGUAUAUUUAAGUCUAGUCAACACCUGGAAAGAUGAAGUGGAUUUAUCGGUCAUACGCGUUAGGAAACUUUGCUCAAAUCUAGACUAUUGACGAAUUAUUGUAAUUUUUCCUAGGCACAUUGCGUUGCGGGGAUGUAUGAUGGAUCCUAUAAAGUGUAUUUAUAAAUUAACGAAAUAUAUAUGAUUAUUCUAUGUCAGAAUGUAAGAAACAA